CUCGAGUCAGGCCGAGUCAGCAAGUCGAAAAUGCCAUAAGUGUGUGAGACCGCCGAUUGCCAACAUCUCCUGUAUUUGAUAGCAUACCGGAAUGUUAUCCAGAUCUGUAAUCUCUCUUUCAACGAAAGUAUUGCGCGACGGAUUUUGUACUUCGUACGAAUAUGAAACGAACGUCGCUUGUAUUUAGAUUUUUACGCGGAACUAGAUAAGAAUUAACUAUCACGUGUUGCUUGAGUUAAGAAGAAUGGUAUUUUACAAUGACGCUUGCUUGUUAUUUACAGAGAAGUGCUAGUCGCAGCGCGAGUCCUCGGAGACCAAAGACCGCGGAUGGUGGCAUAAGAGACACACGAUCAUAUUCCAGAUCACGAAAGUCACACGAACGCAAAGGCUCGCACAGAGUUGUCAAGUAUUCGAGAUCACGCAGUCGUUCUGUAUCACGUGGCCGCAAAUCGUAUCGUGACAGCAAGUAUGCCAGGGUUGGUCACCACGACAGCAGCCGCAGUCGUAGCCGUUCUCCGUACAGAGGCGGUCGUUACUCACACAGUAGAUCUCGCUCGUACUCGCGAUCUCGAUAUUCCAAUGAGCGAGUCGUGUAUCGGUCGCGUUCCCGAAGUCCGAUGUCGUCCAGGCGAAGACACGUCGGUGACCGCAACAAUCCCAGCCCUUCCAGAUGUCUAGGUGUAUUUGGAAUGUCUAUUUUCACCACAGAACAGCAAAUACGUAACAUAUUCUCAAAAUAUGGCCCGGUAGAGCAAGUUCAGGUUGUUAUCGAUGCAAAGACUGGUCGAUCGCGAGGAUUUUGCUUCGUAUAUUUUGAAUCAUCGGAGGAUGCCAAGGUGGCGAAAGAGCAUUGCACUGGAAUGGAUAUCGAUGGCAGACUAAUAAGAGUAGAUUUCUCAAUCACAAAGCGUGCUCACACUCCCACUCCGGGAAUAUACAUGGGAAAACCUACGCAUUUGCACGACAAAAGCGGGGAUGGGUCCAGACGUAGAGAAAAUAACUACAGAGGAAAUUGCCGUCGCUCACCCAGUCCGCACUACAGCCGUCGGCGUUCUCGUUACGAUCGUUCCAGAUCACGCUCUUAUACGCCACGUCGGUAUUAAAUGACACGAGCGUGACGCGACAGGCCAGGUUUUGAAUCAAGAGGUAUUGGAUGAUAGAGGGAAGUUUGAAGUUUCACUCUGAAAAAAUGAGUUUUGAAAAAUUGAAGACAAGAUAUCUGAAGAACACGUUUAUCUUGUUCACAUUCUCAAGAACCCGAAGGUUUUCUCGCGCUUGUGACAAAGAAUAUGAUCCGAAUUCCGCAUUCAUUUCCGGCUGAGAAGUCUCAAGCUUAGAAGAGAACUUCAAGCACUCAGUAAUGCAAGCCUCAAGAUAGUCAGAAUCGUUGAUCGUCAGGCUCCCGACCGGGACGAGUCGUUUGAUUGGGGGUGAACCUGAUCGGCCAUGUACGAAAACGUUCAAGAAGCAUCGAAAAUCUUUUACAAAUAGCGACGAGCGAAAGGUGCUCCCGACGGUUUAAAUCGAUCAUAUUCUUUAUCAAUUGGUUUGUUGUUGCAUGUCGCAGAUGCAUGUACAUAUAUAUACAUACAUACAUAUAUAUACAUAUAUAUAUUUUUUUUGUGUGAGAAUAAAUAAAAGUUCGUAUACCUUUUUGGUCAUC